ACAUUCUACAAGUGCAGAAAUAGGCCCAGAAAAGGUAAAUAGUUUGCGAAGGCCACAGCUAGUUAGUGUCAGAGCUCUAAGAAGAACUCCGAGUCUCCUGACUCCCAAUCCAGUUCCCUGUCUAUGAAACCAAGAAUUCUGAGGGAAUGAUGCAUGAAGGUGGUCUCUAUGGAUCAAGAAGCUAUUAAUUACCUCCCGGGUGCGGGUGUAAACCCGGGCGUACAAAUGCACAAAGGAAACGUCUCUCUUCUUGGCGGAGGAUCCGCGCAGGGGAUAAGGGGCUUCGGAGCCGGCAGUAGAGUGGGCAGCACAAAGAAUUCUCGCGAUGACCUCACAAGGCAAGAGAAGGGGCAGUUCAUUCCCAUUCCCGGCUUGCUCUGCCUGAGGCCCGGCCGUUCGCACCCUGCCGAGCCGUCCACACCCGGCUGCCUCCAUCACCCGUUGGACCAGAGCCGGGCGUGGGUCAGCCGCCUGGUCAAAACGAGCAUCCUGGCAGAGCCCAGGGUAGAGGCCGACGCGUUAUCUGGUAACUACAAGUUUGGUUUCAAGAAGUGGAAGAGCCAUGUGACUGCUCAGCCCUGGUCAGACCCCUCCGAGAUCGUCACCAGGCCCCCUGGCUCCACCGUGAUCUGGGGGAAUGUCUUCUACGUGCUGCUCUUUGGCUGGUGGCUCUCCCUGGUCUACCUCCUCCUGUCUGGGCUGAUGUUCCUCACCAUCCUGGCCACUCCUUAUGGGAAACUAUGCUGGCAUCUCGCUGGAUAUUUGCUCUGGCCAUUUGAUAAAGUGAUUCAGAAGGAACAUUUCUCCCUUAGGUUGUGCAAGGAUGCGGGUGACUGUGACUUCUUCUCUGAACCAGAGACUACCCCACUUCUCAGCCACCUUGAUGGGCUACUCAAGACUCAGAAAACAUACUCAAACCACCCAAAAUACAGUCAUUGGUACCGAGUCAGCACUUACAUCUGGCUUUUCCUGGGCUACCCUGUGCUGGUGGUCAUCCACAGCCUCAUCUGCUGCUUUUCCUGGCUCCUAGUGUUCAUUAUUCCAAUUGCCAAGAUGAAUGCCAGAAUGGUGGCCAGAAUCCUCCUGGAAGACCCAGAGCAGGUGCAUGUGCAGGCAAUAAAGCCAGAGGCACCCAGGGAUGCUGCCACGCUCCUGCGCUGCCGCCGCGCAGCUAGCUCCUGUUACUACAAGCACACCUUGGCCGGGGUGCACGUCUUUGCCCUCAACCUCCUGCCGCUGGUACUCGUGACCCUGAUCUUGGGCUACGUGGACAGCCAGAACCAGUACACGAGCUCUCCGGCCAAGUUCAGCCUCUCCCUCCUCUCCAUCAUGCUGCUCUCUUACUUCACCGGCACAGCUAUCGCCAGCAUUUCGGCUCAGAGCUCUUUUGCCGUGGGUGCUGUGGUGAAUGCCACAUUUGGCUCCAUCAUUGAAUUGACGCUUUAUAUCACUGCCCUGAUGAAGGGGGCCCAGGAGGGGAACAGAUGCUAUGAGGAGGUGGUGAAGUCUGCUCUGACAGGGACCGUGCUGGGCUGCAUCCUUCUCGUCCCGGGUCUUUGCAUGGUGAUUGGGGGAAUGCACCACUCUGAACAGAAGCUUAACCACCAAUCAGCAGGAGUCAGCUCUGCCCUGCUCUUCCUCUCUGUGGGAGGUGUGUUUGCCCCCACACUUUUCUCCAAGGUUUAUGGGAGACUGAUCUGCAGGGAGUGCCAGAAUGUUACCCAGGACCCCUCGGGGAGCUAUCUGUGCCACAGCUGCCGGCCUGACUUGAUGAAGAACAAUGGAACUCUCUACUAUAAUCAUGUCCAGCCCUUGGUGUACACGGUGUGCCUCCUGCUCCCCACCACCUACCUCGUGGGCCUCCUCUUCACCCUGAAGACCCGCUCUCCUAGCUACGUUCUCCACAGCAACUGUGGCCCCUGGCCUGGGCCCCAUCGCGGCGCUGUGGUUGCCUGGCCACGGUGGCGCGCACUGCUCUUGCUGCUGCUGUCCACCUUCUGCAUGUCUGCCUGUGCUGACCUGGCCACAGAGCACAUCAGUCCCAUUCUGAAGAGCUCCACCGUGUCGCAAUAUUUUAUAGGAGUGACUGUGCUCGCCAUGGUGCCUGAAUUGCCCGAGAUUGUCAAUGGGAUUCAGUUUGCCUUGCAGAAUCACCUGAGUCUCAGCAUUGAGAUCGGCAGCUGCAUUGCAGUACAAGUCUGUAUGCUGCAGAUACCCAUCCUGGUGCUGUUCUCCAUCUUCUAUCCAACAGGAUUCAUGCUGUUCUUCAGUGACAUCCAUGUCUAUGCCAGCAUGUUCAGUGUCAUUCUUAUGAAUUAUAUCUUCAUGGAUGGCAAGUGUGACUAUUUUCGAGGUACUGUGCUGGUAAUGGUCUACUUCCUCCUCCUCGCUGUCUAUUUCUUUGCUCCUUCUCCUGCUGGCUGCUGACAGAUGCAUUCUACUUGAUUUAGCAUUUGGCUGCAUUAGAGAUCCAUGGGAUACUUUCCUUUGAGGUGGAAAGGCUCAUCCAGGUUACUUGCAGAACUACGCUGGGAAGCUAGUAGAAGUCAAUCCAAAUCCAUCUCCAAUCUUACACCUCUCCUCUCUUGUUUUUACAUUAAGGGAACUAUUAAUGAACUAAAACUUUGUACUGUAAAACUUCAUUCUCCUUGAUUUUGUUUUUAAGUGGGAAGGAAGAGACUUGGCUAAUGAGAUCUCAUUUUUCCCUUGGUCAUGUCCGACUUCUGCCACGUCCAAGGAUAAAUCUACAAAGAGACCAUGGUAGAAGUCUCAAUCUGUUGGUAUUAUCUCCUUCCCUAUUAAAAUAUAGUUACUUUAGUUACCAAGAUAUAUAAAGAGGUGGAAAAGGUAUCUUUGACCAGUUACCCUGAUGCUAACAAGUAAAAGCAGAGAUGGUCCUAUCCCUAACAAAAUUUCUAUUUUCCUAAAAAAAAUCAGUAUCUUUUAUUUAAGUAACUGUUGCAUCUGUGUUUUAAGGAGAAUGAACGGUCAAAAUAGUAGGGAUAGAAAAGUCUCUCUAGGUAAAAGGAGGGGAUCAAUUAUACUGAAUUCCCUUCUCUUCUAUACAUCCUAAAUUUACAUGCUAUUCAACAAACACAUUAGAAACUUUGGAGGGGGAGAAGAAGAGGAAAAUUGACAACAUUUUUUUGCUAAUUCAGUAAAGACUAUACUAUAUAUCAAUCCUACAAGAUGAGGCAACAACUUUAAAAAAAAAAAAAGCUCUGUUAAUAUAAAACUGAGCAGUCUAAGAGUUGGUUGUGAAAACACUUUCUCAAUGGAAACAGAGAGACAAAGUGGAAGCAAGGAGAUAUCUGAAUGUCCUUGGAGAUAGUAUUUAAUGUAUUCCUACAGAGACAAACAAAAUUAAAAUUUGAGUCUGCUUAUGAAAAGCAGAACUUUGC